AUGCAAACCUUAGUGGGCGUUACGACUGGGCUGCGAGUGUCACUUAGGCCUGCCAGGAUUCUCCCCUUUGAUUCGCGGUUUUGGCAUUCCACUGAUGUUGAUUCUCCUUCGAGUUCGAGAGUGGCAGUUCAACAGUGGAUGCUACACAAUGGAAAGGUGUUUCCAGGUGACGCAAGCCCUGACGGCGGCACUGCCUUAGAGUGGGUUAUACUAAAGGGAUCAACUGAAGUAGUCCUCUAUUUAUACCAGAUCUGGGAAGACCAAAUACUGAAAGGAAGCUAUGAUGACUGUUGGUUCUACGAGGCGCACCGUAUAAUUGCAAACAAUCCUUCUCUACCCGAACAGGAGAUGCAAGUCCUUUGCCGAAUUUCGUCUGCUGGAGAAUCGAUGGUGAAUGCCAGCCAAACCCCGCUGCAUGAUGCCCUUUUCAAGGGCGAUUUCGACGCUGCUAUUCGAGCUGCAGAAAACUUCAGUUGGGCCAUAGAUCAGCGGAACUAUGAAGGCAAUACUCCGUUACAUAUCGCUGCAACACAGGGCCAUCUUGAAAGCGUCAAGCACCUCGUGCAUCUAGGAUGCGAUAUCAACGAGGUCAACUGGAUGGGUCGCACUGCUCUAACGCUUGCUUCCAUGAACGGCCAUAUUCUCACGGUGCAAUACCUGAUUGAUGCUGGUAGCUGGGUGAAUGCCACUGACAGAGAGGGCCUCGCCGCGAUGGCUGCUGCUGCCGUACAGGGGCACAAAAAUCUUGCAAAAGUCAUUCAAGCCCUAAUCUGUGCGGGGGCAUUGGUAAAUGCUACUGACAGCCAGAACAAAAGCGCCCUACAUCACCUAACGUCGCUUCGCCACGACCUCUAUACCAUCCAAGAGUGCUUGAGAAUCCUUCUGGAAGCCGGCGCUGACAUCGAAUUACAAGGCCUCGAUGGAAAAACUCCGCUUUUGGUUUCGAUUGAGAAAGGAGAUCACGCUGGCACACAGUGCCUCAUUGAGGCAGGAGCUAAAACAACAUGCUUAACACGCCAAGGCCAGGGCUUGCUUCACGAAGCAGCGUGGUUUGGAACCACUGAGCUGCUUCGAUACCUUUCAACCCUGAAUUUAACGGCCGCAAACACGGACUUGCUUGACGAAUACGAAGAUACGCCUUGGGAUUCCUGGAUUUACUCCUUGCAUGUGCGGGAUUGGGAACGUGGAGGAAUCUUAAAACCAAACCCAGAGCGACAAGAAGCUUUUGUUUCAUUGUUCAUAUCAAUCAGAGACAGGAACUUGACUGCUGAUAUAGAGCGACUGCUCUGGCUACUCCAAUACGUGAGAGACAAGGACCAACGAGGCGCUACGGCUGCUCUAAGCCCUCUGAUCAAGCAAAAAGAAGAGUGGAAGCAAUGGGAGAUCCUCGGUACAUACAAAACCAUUGGUUUGCAGAUCCGAGAACAGGUGUGGGAGGCAGCUGUGGAGUCAGUUGAAGAGGUUGUUGACAUGUUACGAGAGAAAAUGGCCGCUUCUCCGUGGGACACCAAAUCGCGCUGGGAUCUCUGGAGUGAUACAGAGUCAGAAGACGAGGAUGAAUUUCAGACUGAAUCCACUGGAUCUGAAGAUGAGGAGUGGGACGACGCUGCUGGUGACGACGAUGACGAAGAAUGA